UUAGGACGGUAAAACAUUGUAUUAAUGUAAAUAACCGUCUGUAUUUCAUUUAAAAACAACAAAAACAACGAAAUAUAUGUAUUACAAACAGUGGACAAGGUUAAGUUUUAAAUAAGGAUUUAAAAUGGCGAUGAUGCACCAUGAGCUCAACUCCACAGCCUCCUCUGUGUCCAUCUCCACUUUAGAAAACCUUUCGCUGGAUUUAGGUGCCUCUGGUCCAUUCCCUAGUCCCAAUAUCACCUAUGUGGACCUCUAUCUCCAUAAGCCCUUGGUGUCAGCUAUUUUUAUUGCGUCCUACUUUCUCAUCUUUGUUGUGUGUAUGGUGGGAAAUGGAGUAGUAUGCUUUAUCGUGUUAAGAAGCAAACACAUGCGGACCGUUACCAACCUGUUCAUCCUCAACCUUGCCAUCAGUGACCUCCUGGUUGGCAUAUUUUGCAUGCCCACCACCUUAGUGGAUAACAUAAUCACAGGUUGGCCGUUUGGAAGUUUGGUGUGCAAAUUAAGUGGGAUGGUACAAGGAAUAUCGGUGUCGGCCUCAGUCUUCACUCUGGUAGCCAUUGCUGUAGACAGGUUUCGCUGCAUUGUGUACCCCUUCAAGCAGAAGCUCACCAUCUCCACCUCCACUCUCAUCAUCGUUGUUAUUUGGGUGCUGGCCAUUUCCAUCAUGUGUCCUUCAGGUGUCAUGCUUCAGGUAACUAAAGAGACCCGGGUCUCUGUUUUACUGGGUGAUGGUAAUGCCACACGGCCCUUCUACUGGUGCCAUGAGAACUGGCCCAACCAGGAAAUGCGCAAGAUCUACACCACUGUACUUUUUGCUAAUAUCUACCUAGCACCACUCACCCUUAUAGUCAUCAUGUACGCUCGCAUUGGAAUCACCCUUUUUAAGACAGCUGUUCCUUCUCCUGCAAACCAGGAGUCUGUUAACGGCUCUGGAUCUGGAUCUGCCGCUGGCUCAGCAAAACCAAGCAGCUAUGAGACUCGUAAUAUGGUCUCACGGAAAAAGAAACGUGUGAUCAAGAUGCUACUCGUUGUGGCACUGCUCUUUAUUCUAUCCUGGCUGCCUUUGUGGACGCUGAUGAUGCUAAGUGACUAUGCCAGCUUGAAUGAGGUCCAGCAUCGUGUGAUUAACAUCUACGUUUACCCUCUGGCCCACUGGUUGGCCUUCUGCAACAGCAGUGUCAAUCCCAUCAUCUACGGCUUUUUUAAUGAAAACUUUCGCCGGGGUUUCCAGGCCGCCUUCAAGCUGCAGCUUUGUGCUGUACACCAGGGCAGGAGGAGGACCUACACACACCGUGUACAGGGUAAUGCUAUCCUACCCACUGAUCUGAACCUGGCCACAAAGCCUGCAGCUAAGAGCAGGGGUCCUAGACCAGGCGUGGGAAUGGUCAACGCUUUCGGAAAGGUGGAUAGUGAAAAAAGAGUCAGUGAAAACAGUCAAUUCUUAGAAAAGGAGAACAUAAAGGAGCAGAACAUGACCAUGGAGGAUCUAGAUAAGGUGAUGUAUGACCUUUAAGGUGAUUUCUCUUCAAAACAUUGUGAUUAUAAAACAUCGUCAGGAUCACAGUUUAUUAUAUCAAAAAACUGAGGGAACUUUACAGGACAUCUUUUGUACAUUACAUUUUUACCUUGUUCGUUAGAAGAUGGAGAUAAUAGAGAUAAUGUGCAAAGAAAAGGACCGCAAUCACUAGACUGUGAUGGAAUCUUUUAUGAAUUGAUGCUUACAGUCUGGAUGACUGGCUCUUCAAACUUGAGAAGGAUUGCUCAAGGUUGCUCUGAAAUACCAAGACAAGACACUGAGGACAUCCUUAUGAAUUUAUGAAUCCUUUCAAAUCACUCACAACCUGGAGUGCCUGAAUCUGAAGUGGCUGGUGUGAAGUGGCUUGUUACUGGGAAGAGCUGGUUCAGUAUACAAAUGAUUAAGCACCGACUGGUUGAAAUAUGGAAUUGUGUACCAACAGAUUAUUUAAUGGAUUAUUACAGAUGAGACUGUGUUGUUGAAUGAAUCAUACAAUCUCAUGAUUUAUAAAAUUAUUUAUUUGUUUUAUUUAUUAAUUAAUUUAUUUAUUCAUUUUUAAUUACUUAGUCAAAAUCAAAUCCUUGGGUGUUUUCUGGAAAAUAGAAUAUUGUACCCUACAAUCAAAAUAGUUAAAUUUGAAUCCAUGGGCAGAAAAAGAAUGAAUAAGUAAGAAAGCACUUCUUCAAUGUUUCCCUUUUGUGCUGUUUUUAAAACAUCCGUUGUGACCUCAGGUGUAAUUUAACAUCAUUUAAAAUGUUCGUUUAAAGUCUUUUGCUGCUAAAAUACUCGGUGAAAAUGUCUCAUAUAGAUGUAAUAUUUAUAUGCUUUCUGCAUUUAUGGUCAUUUUUCAGAUGUCAAGUGUUUACCAGUUUUGUUCAGGAGAUCAGAACUAAUUUGUUGUGUAAAAUAUUUACUACCAGUAUCUAAACCAAUACUACCAAUAACCAUAGCCAGUGUCCUUUUAAAAUUAAACUAGGUUCAUUCAUAAGAACGUUUCAGAUUUUUUAAGUUCAUUUUUCAUGUCAUUUUUAUUAACUGCUUCAUUCUGAUCAGGGUCGUGGCAGGUCCAGUUCCACCGGGAAACAAUGAGCCCAAGGUAGGAAUACACAGGGUGCCAAUCCAUCACAGGGUCAUCAUCCCAUCAGACCCUCAGAUAUAGCCGAUCAUGUCAGUCAGCUGAUAGCAACACCCCCCCCCCGAUCCAUCGGGCCACCAAAGCAGGGAAGCAGACUGCAUCAUUUUGCCAUUCAAAACUCACUAAUAUAAAUAAUAAAUAGUGUAGUCAGAGUGAGAUAAAAAUAUUAAAUCAUUAAAGGGUGCUUUAAAUGUUUCAAUGUUUAGAAUUUUGGAAUAGUGGAAAAAAUUUUACUGAAACUUUUCUCUGCGUGCCAUGAAUUUUUAAUCUUAUAAUAUAAUAUAUAAUAUUUUAAUUACUUCUAACCUACUUAACAAAAGAUACAAUACGCCUUGUAAUGAGAGUGAAAACUUUUCCUACUGCAGUAGUAGCUUUGGGAAUUAUGCAGCACAGCAUGAAAACUAGUGUCUAAUACCGUACACAGAUAUUCAAUUUGCCUGAGGAUUGUAUAGAAACCUUAGUAAGAAAGGACGGGGUGUCAGGUCUAUAAUGGCAUGUCGAUACUUUUAUAAAUGCAGAGUGAAAUAGAACUGCGGCAGACAUGCAUGAUGAAUGUAAAACAGGGUUCUUCCUUCCUGUAUCUUACACUGUAUACUCCUGUUCUACACAAGGGCGUGAAAUUAACACAACAUUUGCUGUACAACAUUUUAAUUAAUGUAAUUUCAAAAGGUUUAAAAAAAAUAAAAGGUUUUCUUGCUACUGUAGCCUCUUUAGAUCCUUCUGAAAGGACGGCUGUGUAUACAUUUUCCCCAGGCUACUUAUUUAUUGAUGACAUGGCUAAGUUUUCACAGUUUGUACGCAAACAGGAUGAAGAAAAAUUCUAAUGCAUGUAAUAUCAUAGCUUGGGUCUCAAAACGACAUAAGGUAGAAAUUCUUGACUCAAAUUUCUGCCUCAAAGUUUUUGCUAAUCCCAAAACACACCUGAUCCAAAUUAAUAUCGAACUACAUUCAUUGUUCAGUUACAUCAGGUGUCUUAGGAGUAGCGAAAAUCUAACUCAAAAUAUGUAACAAUUAAUUUAUCAUUUAUCAUGAAUUUAACAGGGUUGGGUGGCACGGUGGCUUAGUGGGUAGCAAUGUCGCCUCACAGCAAGAAGGUCCUGGGUUCGACCCCCAGGCGGGGCGGUACAGGGUUAUAGGAAGUGUUUUGUAGUUGGUUGUAGUUUUCGGUUCAUACAAUGCUGGCAUGUUACACCAGACCAGGAGAGAGCAGUUUCUCAAGUGAUGUAUAUGAGAAAUGGGACAUGAACAAGAUAGAGAAGGAAAAGCAUUGGGAAAGAAUUAAUGCAUAAGUAACUUUCUGCUAUUCCCAGCUAUUCCCACCUGUAGCUGUCCAAAUGUGCUGUAUAAUGUGUUUUAUCCUUUAAAAUAAAAUACUCUUAACGUGUAAUUCUUACAGCGUCUUUAAAAAGCAUUCAACUCCCUAAACUGUUGUUAGACUGUCCCAGAUUUUACACAGGAGUAUUUAUUCUUCACAAAGGUAAAUAUUCAUUUGCUUUGUUUCAGUCAAUGUAAAAGAGACUUUGCUUCUCUUUCCUUGUGCUCAGUGUUUUUAUGUUGAAUCGAACCCCGUGUGUUAGUAAACACAAUGUAGCAGUGGGUAAAAAUAAAUAAAUC